AUGCUGGCGGGGAGCGGCGCCGGAAUGGGCACCAGGACCGGAACCGGGCGAGCGGGAAACGUAACUGGGAUCAGCAGCCUUCCGGUGAACACGGCCGGACCGGGACCGAACACAGCCUCCGAAACCGACGGAGGCCAGUUUGACGACAGGGAGUACGGUCACGUUACCGAGGUGAUCUACAGCGGCUCUGAUCAGGACUCUGACUCCGGCGAUGACGAAGACACGGCGGGUUCAGGUGGGGACAGAAGAGGCGUUAAGCGAGAGCGGAGCGAGAGGGAGGUUGGCCAUCAGUCAGCGCCCACCUCCGGAGGCUUGAGCGGGGGUUACGGCGGGGUCAGCCCCGGGAUGCCAGGAGCCAAACCCGGCAAGAAAACCAGAGGAAGAGUCAAGAUCAAGAUGGAGUUUAUAGACAACAAACUGAGGCGGUACACAACUUUCAGCAAGCGGAAGACCGGGAUCAUGAAGAAGGCCUACGAGUUGUCCACAUUGACUGGUACUCAGGUGUUGCUGCUGGUUGCCAGUGAGACGGGCCACGUGUACACCUUCGCCACCCGGAAACUGCAGCCGAUGAUAACCUCGGAGACCGGCAAAGCUCUGAUCCAGACCUGCCUCAACUCCCCGGACUCCCCUCCCCGCUCUGACCCCUCGUCCGACCAGAGGAUGAGUGCCACGGGCUUCGAGGAGACCGACCUCACCUACCAGGUGUCUGAGGCAGAUGGCUGUGCAGAGGUCGCUAAGGAUCUGAUCAAACCAACCUUCACCAUGUCCAACCUGCCUGGCACCACACAGUCCACACCAUCGUCCUCCUCUUCUUCAUCCUCCUCUUCCUCCUCCUCCGCAGUGUCCAUGCAGGUGCAGACCAGCGCCCCCUCCUGGCAGCCCUCCUCCUCCACCAACGGGACGGUGCUGAAGACAUCUGCUGGUGUCGUGCUUCCUGGAGGCUUCACCUUGAUGUCAGGUGCCUCGCUGCCCCCUGGCACGCACACCAUCCCCCUCAGCCAGCUGCAGGGCCAGCCUCUGGCCAUUCAGGGCCCUGUGGCCCCUGGCCCUACUGCCACGCUGCACGCUCCGCCCACACAGCCAACCACGCUGCUCCGCCUCCCCGCCACCGUGUCACUGUCAGGAGGCGGAGUCUCUCAGCAGCUACAGACCUUCCAGGUGCAGCCCAGCAGUCAGCAGACCUCCACCAACCAGAGCAGCUCAGACAUCCACAACCCCACCUCCUCUACAGGGGACCUGAGUCCUGACCCUCUGAGCCAGAGGCCGAUGAGCCGCUGUGAGAGACUCGUCCAGCAGUUUGUCAUUUUUACAACUUACCCCGGUGUGAUGGUACACAACAGUCCUCACAGAAGCUGAUGUAGGACAUCGCAGCCUGAACUCAUCCAGACUGUUGGUAGCAGUCCUAGAAACAUCCCAGUAUAGUCCAAGCAGGCCUGAAGAUCCUCCAUAGCUUCACUGUUUACUGAUGUCCUCGCAACAGGUUUACAGACUUUAAGUCUCAGACUCAGGUGGACCAUGGAGGAGGUGGAUGAUGGCGUCUUCCACACCAAUGACUGGUCGAUAUGCGAACAGUCAUCAUCAGGUGGGAAGUUAAGGCUACCGGCCUGAAGUGGAUGGGCUCCCUGUAAUGCACAGUCUUUGGCACCGUAACCACACAGGAAGUUUUUUCAGACUCUUGUCUACAGAGACCCAACAAUUCCCUCAUGAGCAAGCACUUGGCGAAAGUGGCGAGUAUAGCUAGGGGCUGGUCCAAGGCAAGCCUGAGCCAGCCCUAAGUGUAAGCUUUAUCAAAAAGAAAAGUUUUAAGUCUGCUCUUCAAUGUAGAGAGGGAUUCUGGGAUUGCAAUGUUCUACUGGGGUAAUAGGAUACUUUGAGCUCUUUAAGAUAAGAUGGUGCCUGACCAUUUAGUGCUUUCUAGGUGAGGAGAAGGAUUUUAAAUUCUAUUCUGGAUUUUACAGGGAGCCAGUGCAGAGCGGCUAAUAUCGGAGAAAUACGGUCUCUUUUCCCCGUUUUUGUCAGAACAUAUGCCGCAGCAUUCUGGAUUAGUUCGAGAGUUUAUUUAGCAACGAUUUGGGACGCCUGAUAGUAAGGAAUUGCAAUAAUCCAGCCUGGAAGUAACAAAUGUGUGGACUAGUUUUUCUGCAUCAUUUUGAGACAGGAAGUGCCUGAUUAUUACAAUGUUACGUAGGUGGAAAAAGGCAGUCCUUGAAAUUUAUUUUAAGUGGGAGAAUGACAUAUCCUGAUCAAGGGUGACUCCCAGAUUCCUUACGGUGGUACUGGGGGCCAGUGCUAUGCCAUCCAUAGUUACUAUCUGUUCGGAUAGUGAGUAUCUAAGGUGUUUAAGCCCAAAUAUGAUGACUUCAGUUUUGUCUGAAUUCAAUAACAAAAAGUUGCAGCUCAUCCAGGUCUUUACUUUAGACACGCUUCGAGUUUAGUCAACCGAUUGGUCUCCUCUGGCUUCAUUGAUAAAUAUAGCUGAGUAUCAUCUGCAUAACAAUGAAAUAUUAUGGAAUGUUUCCUGAUUAUGUUGCCUAGAGGAAGCAUAUAUAGAGUGAAAAGGAUCGGUCCAAGCACAGAACCCUGCGGAACUCUGUUACUUGCUUUAAUGUACACAGAGGAGUCAUCAUUAACCUGUACGAACUGAAAUCGUUCUGAAAAGUAGGAUUUAAACCAGCUUAAUGCAGUUCCCUUAAUGUCAAUGAAGUGUUCCAGUCUCUGUAAAAGGAAACCAUGGUCAAUGGUGUCAAAUGCAGCACUAAGCUCUAGUAAUACCAGCACAGAGACGAGUCCUUUGUCUGAUGCAACUAGAAAGUCAUUUGUGACUUUAACCAAUGCUGUCUCUGUGCUAUGAUGCCUCUAAAUCCUGACUGGAAAUCCUCAAAUAAGCUAUUUGAGAGAGAAAGGGGGGGUUAGAUAUAGGUCUGUAGUUGGCUAAAACCCCUGGAUCAAGACUAGGCUUUUUGAGGAGAGGUUUUAUUACAGCCACUCUAAAGAACUGUGGUACAUAGCCUGUUAACAGAGACAGGUUGAUCAUAUCUAAUACAGAAGAACCAAUUGAGGGUAAAACACCUUUAAACAGCUCGGUCGGGAUGGGAUCUAAGAUACAGGUUGAUGGUUUUGAUGAGGAAAUUGUUGAAAUUAGUUUGUGAAGCUCGACAGGAGAGAAGCUGUCUAAAAAUACGAGGGGUUUAACAGCUACUGCUAUGGUUUCUGUAUUUGAAGAUCAGUCAGUACCACUGAGGGCAGCAGGUGAUGAAUUCUGUCUCUAAUAGUGAGAAUUUUAUCAUUAAAGAAGCUCAUGAAGUCGUCUCUACUGAGGCUUCAGGGAAUACGUGGUUCAGUGGAAUAAUGACAGUCUGUCAGCCUGGCUGCGGUCCUGAAGAGAAACCGGGAUUGGUUUUAUUUUCUUCUAUUAGUGAAGAGUAACAGGCUGCCCUGGCAGUUCAGAGGGCUUUCCUGGAUGUUUUAAGACUGUCUUGCCAGGCGAGACGAAAUACUUCUAGAUAGGUGGAACGCCAUUUCCUUUCAAGUUGUCGUGACGUUUGCUUCAGUUUGUGGGUUUUGGGGGGGUUUAUCAAGGAGCUACCCUCUUCUGUUUUGUUAUCUUUUUUACUGACCACGCAGUGAUCACAACAGAUGUCCUUCAAUAUAACAUAGAGGUGAAACUGUUCUAACCGGAUCAUCUGAACCUGAUCAGUUGAAUCUGUCUCUUCCUCUCUGCAGCCAGUCUUCCUACCUCCAUCGUCUCCUCCUCCUCUUCCUCCUUGUCCUCCUCGUCGUCCUCAGUGGCAAGUCACAUGAUGUAUCCCAGCGGUCACACAGUGAUGUAUGCGGCACCGACGCCCUCGCUGGGCGACGGCAGCCUC